AUGGCAGGAAAACAAAUCCGAGUUCACCACGCGGAGGGCAGCGCAAGAGGGACAAUUGAAGUACAAACUUCCCAAUGCACACCGCAGAAAUUCACCUUAAAGGCGGUCUACAGCUCUGCAGGCGAGGCUGAUAUCGAGAAUAGUACUGUCGUGAUCUCGUCCACAGAAGUUGCCUCACUUUCGGGUACGGACUCUGUUUCUGGGGAUGACACCAGCCCACCCAGUACAUCAGGAGAAGUCAAUAAUAAUUCUGCUCCGAGUCCGGCCACCACGAAUGACAACCCAGGUCCCAGGAGCAUACAGGAACCGCCAAAGGAAGCCCUGGCUCUAAAGGUGCUUCAGAUCAUUGAAACGUAUGGCGUCAACUUCGAACGCAAUGGCGGUUGGUCGUGGGAGGGCCUGUCCGCAUUCAUGCCCAUAGUGACGAAGCAGAUCAAAAACAACGAGCCUGUUCAACUUCUGCUCCCCGGCUUCCCAUUCAAGGCACCGAACUCGAAAGACAAGGUGCUGGGCGUGUUGCCAGACUUGGGCGAGGAACUUGCUCUAUCACAUUUGGACUCGAUUUGCAAGAACAUCGAGGAGGUAUAUGAACACGGUGCGGAGCUUUAUAUCUGUUCCGACGGUCUCGUGUAUAAUGAUCUCCUCGGCGUCUCCGAUGAAGAAGUCUGGGAUUACGGAGAGGGCGUCCGACGAAUCGCUGAAGAAAGGGAGUUGCGACACAUCAAGUUCAUUCGCCUCUGGGAUCUCCUCGAUCACCCUGGUCCCUGGACCAAGGACUUCUAUCUUACGCACGCUUCCUGCAUCCGUAGGGAGAUGGUAUAUCGAUACCGGGAUCCGGAGUUUGAAGCCGACAUGGCGAGUAAGUCGGACGACGACAUCCGCCUCACACAUAGCGGAUACCUCAAAGGAGUUGCAAAAGAUCUCGCCUACAGCCCAAUAUUGGAGGGCCUCUCUCCUGAGGAGAAAGAUCUCAAGGUGCAGUCCAUAGCGAAGAGCAUGAUGGCCCGAUGGAGGGCUUAUGCCAAUGCCCUUGAGGCAAACCGCAAGGAAUAUGUCCGCUUGUCCAUUCAUGACUCGGCUGGGAAGAAUAGCAAACUGUCACUGUCUCUUCUUCCGCAGGAGAGAGGAAAGAUGGGGUACACUCCGUGGCACUCUGUCAUUGCCAUUGAGCUUGACGGUAGCUAUCGCACGGUUCAUGCCAGCGAAGUGCGUGAUACUCACGAUCUCGUCUACGUCAAUGGCCGUCCAUCGCACUUCCGUGCUAAGUCGGACAUCUUCGACUGGAAAGCCGAUGGUCUGGAUGUUACAUUCCGACACCAAUACCCAACUGGCAUUUACAUCCGGCCCGCCAACGUUUCAGCAGAGAAGCCGGCGCCUUCAAUCCGCGACCUGCCUAUGAAGAAGGUCCGCAAGCUUUCGCAGACAUUCUCUCCCAUUGUGCUGCGCGGAUUCCGUGAGACAACCGACGAGCAGCUUUUCCUUGCGAAAGGCCACGAGCUGGGAGAAGUUCUCACCUGGACCUUUGGCCAGAUUCUGAAAGUCAAAGACUCUGGUGAGACCGACAAGGACGCCAAUAACGUGACGUCCAACGAGGCGAUGCCGAUGCAUUUUGACGGCAUCUUCAAGUUCAUUGACCACACUGACCCCGUCACCGGGGAGGUCAAAAAGGUGCUUACGCCUCCGCGGUACCAGUAUUUCACUUGCAUUUCCACGGCGCCCAAGAAUACUGGGUUCACACUGUUCGCAAACUCCAGGCUCUUUUUCCGGCACCUGCCAGCGCCUUGGUCACUGGAGAGACUGUCCAAGGCGACUUGGGACAUGGUGAAUGAUGGAUUCUGGUCCGCAAAGCAGAUCGGCCUGCCUCUUGUCGUCAAACACAAGGAGACUGGCGCUUCAUGCUUGCGCUUCCAUGAACCUUGGACGAACACCAAGUUCUCGAAAUAUUAUAUCACGAUUGAGAACGACGAUCAGUCAUUGAUCGACGUUAUCAAACAAGUUGUUUAUGAUCACCGUGUAUGCCUGCGGUUUGAGUGGGAGGAAGGCGAUCUCCUGAUCAAUGACAAUGUCUCGAUGCUGCAUACGAGGACAGCAUUCACGGGUGAUUGUGACAGAGAGAUGUGGCGCAUUCACUUUGACUAGAAAAUCUCGUAUCCGGUAUUCGUAAUCGUAUUAGGAAUUGCGUGUUCUAUAGAUUGUAUCAGCAGAUUUAGUCUGGCAAAAUAUCAUCAUCAAUUACCAAUAACGUCAAGCUCC